GUUUCUUGCCAUCUUUUAUCCCUGUCACGUCCUCCCAUCCGCCUGAUUCUCCCUACGCUCCCCUAGCCAUCUGCUGCAAACCCCCUUGACAACAUGAGUGCCCCGACAAUCAGCGACGCGGCAAAGUCUGAACAAAAGCUGCCUUCGCGCGAGGAGCAGCUAGCCACAAUGAACGCGCGGGUGGAGGAGUUUCAAAAGCAAAACCCCUCGGCCGAUCUCAAGCUCGAACAGAAGUGGUGGGUGCCGAGCCUGGAUUUCGGCAACUUAUUGCAGGAUGCUCUUCCACAAGAAAUCAACGCCGAACUCGGCGCCAUCUUUGCAAAGCUCUUCCAGGACAAGUUUGCCCCCGAGGCCGUGGCCAAGGCACGCAAACAGUCGAGGGAACUGCUCCAUACAGAGUAUCCCCAGGUGCUAGAGAGAGUGGAGGAGAUGGUGUUUAAGAAUGAGGCGCAGCUUGCCGAGUUGCACCGCCAUCUGCAGGGGGUUGACUCGAUCGGAUGUGCGGGCGGAAACUGCUGAGACCAGCUUAGACCUCGACGCUUCUCUCUUUCAUAACCUCCUUUUGAUCCGGACCGUCCAACAAGAAUAUACCGGGGUUUCUCAUCUCACCUAGACAGUCAUGUAAUAAUUACCCUGUCGCC